AUGUCGUACGCACGCCCACAGGACACGUACAUGCACUCCAACGCAUCGCAGUACGAUGAUCAAUACCAACAGCCUUACCAGCAGCAGGGCUACGGCGGCCAGUCGGGCGCUGGCUACCGUGACUACCCUGACCACAACUCCGGCUACCAGCACUCCUACAAGGAGUCCUCCGAGGGCCUCUACAACAGCCAGGCCGCUGGUGCUUACGGCGCUGGUGCUGGUGCCGGUGCUGGUGCCGGUGGUGCAUACAUGACAAGGCAAAAUGCUGCUCAGAAAAACGCCGCUACCUACUCGUACGCCAAGCCCAAGCGCAAGAUCUCCAAAUGGAUCUUGAUCGGUGUCCCCCUCUUGAUCCUACUCAUCGCAGGUGGUGUUCUUGGUGGCAUCUUUGGCUCUCGCGCAUCCAAGAACAACAACAAUUCGUCCGGUGGCAGCAGCGGUGGCAGCGGCGGUACCGGCAGCGGUUCCACGCCCAACGUUCAGGGCGCUGCCCUCACCGCCGCCCAGCAGGCCGCCAAGAACGGUGGCAACAACAUGCUCUUCUACCAGGGCACCACUCCUUACGGCAACCCCUCCUUCGUCUCGGACAACGUCGACACUUCGGCUCCCGCUUACAACGGUGUCUCGCACAACCAGUCCUGCUCCGACUCGUUCUCCGGCGGCAGUCUCACCAACCUGCGUGACCACCCUCGUAUCAUGUCCACCCAGGCUCAGUGGGACUGUCUUCCGAACAAGAUUGCCAACGAUGCCUACCUCACCGUCUGGAACGCUACUAUCUUCAACAACGCCACCAAUUGGGCCAACCAGCCUCUGGUCGCUUACGUUGCUGACGGUGGUUUCUCCGGUUCCGGUAUCCUCGAUGUCAGCCGAGACAUUCAGCAGCGUGUCAAGGCGUGGGCUUAUGCUUACAAGCUCUCCAACAACACCAUGUUCAAGACCCGUCUCUACCGCGAGCUCAACAACGCGGCUGGCAACGGUCCCAACAACUUUGGCCAGAACGGAACUCGCUGGAACGCUGCCCACUUCCUCGAUGUGGCCGAGAUGACCUCGGCUUUCGCCAUGGCCUACGACUGGCUCUACGACGACUGGAACACCACCGAGAGGACCACGAUUCGCAACGCCAUUCUCCAAUACGGUCUCUACCCCGGCCUCGACCAGUACGCCACCGGCAACGGAUGGUGGAAGGAGACCGCCAACGGAGACGGCAACUGGAACUGCGUCUGCAACGGCGGUAUGCUCACCGGUGCGCUCGCCAUCCGUGGUGACGGCAGUGCUAACGACACCCAGACGGCCGACAGCAUCAUCAACUCGGCACUCACCAACAUGAAGGCCAACUGCAUGACCGGUGUCUACAAUGACGGCACCUGGACCGAGACCCCCAACUACUGGUACUUCGGCACCAACGCUCAGGGUCGCGCGCUUGCCGCCCUCAUCUCGGCUACCGGUACCGACCAGGGUCUCAUGGCCGAGAACGCCAACUGGGACAAGACUUCGUACUUCCACAUGUACGUCUCGGGUCCCGGUGGUCUCUUUGCCUACGGUGACAACGGUCCCAACAAGUUCGCCACCACCUCGAACCAGCUCAUGCUCUACUCGAAGCUUUCGGGCGAUCCUAUCCCCGCGCUUUACCAGCGUGACCGAGCCGACGCCUCGUUCGACCCGCUCAGCAUGUUCUGGUACGAGCCUACUGCCAAGGGUGCCUACUGGAACGGCCUUCCUCUCGACCGCUACUUUGACGACGUCCGUGGCUCGUGGGCCAGCAUGCGCAGCUCGUGGACCGAUCCCAGCGCUGUCUUUGUCGGUAUCAAGGCUUCCAACCUCACGGGCCACCAGACGCACGGUGAUUUGGAUGCUGGUGACUUUGUCAUCGAUGCGCUAGGAACCCGCUGGGCCGGCGAGUACGGUAACGGCAACUACCUCUCCGAGGGCUACUUCUCCAACGAGACCCAGGGCUCGGACCGAUGGACUUACUACCGCAAGGCCACCGACGGUCAGAACACGCUCACCAUCAACAACGAGAACCAGAAUGUGCUUUGCCAGCCCACCAACUCGUUCGCCUCGACCAACGUUGCACAGACCGGCGACCUCACCUUCAAGCCCGCCACCACCGAUGCUGCCCAGUUCAUCACGGACAUGAGCGGCUGCUACAACCAGGCUUCGGGCACCGUGCAGCGCGGUAUCCGCAUGCUCAACGGCCGACGACAGGUGCUCGUGCAGGACGAGAUCGGCCAAUCGAGCUCCAUCACCGACGUCAAGUGGCGUGUUCAGACCAACGGCACCGUUUCGAUCUCGUCGGACGGCAAGACCGCCACGCUGACUCAGAGUCAGCUCACGGACCCCAACGCUGCCAUCAACUACAAGGUGGGUCUCGGUGGCACCAAGACGAUGAAGGUGACCAUCUUGAGCCCUUCCAACGCCGUCUUCACUUCGGAUGGCCCUCCCGCUCAGCGCAUCUUCGGCACCGCUACCGUGUCGCCACCCGGCGAGGACUCGGAUCAGGUCAACGUUGGCGUCACGGCACUCCAGAUCGACCUCGGCGGAACCCAGUCUGGUUCGCAGACUGUCCAGGUCUGGUGGCAGCCUCAGUGGGACUCGCUCUCGACGGCUGACACGACCACGCCCAAGUCGGUUCCUCUCAGCCAGUGGUCGCUCACCUCGCACAACUAG